UUCUUUGAUGUAAAAUUAUUCCGUUUUUACGUAGUAGGGGUUAUACCUAACUAUUGUCAGGUAUAAAUAUCUGAUUUAUUUUGUUAACGAUCAGAAAAUCCAGUGAUACCUCUAGUGAUACUUACAGUGCUAACGAUACCUCUACUUUGAUUUAUUCAAGAUGAUAGCGUUUGUAUUUCCCUGCCUUUUCGCCUUUGCAUUUGGCGCAAGGUUAGAUAAUGCUUUCUAUAAUCCAAAUGUCCUGGCGUACUCAGGAUCACCGACUCCUAGGCCUCUAGAACCUCAAACGUUCCACAAUAUUAUCCCUAUUUUACGCUACAGUAGCGAUAAUAAUGAAGACGGCAACUACCGGUUCGCAUAUGAAACUGGUAACGGGAUUGCUGUGCAAGAAAAUGGACAUCUUUCAGGAUCGGUUCCCGAAGGACCAGCCGUUGUAUCUGAUGGUAGCUUCUCAUACACUGGACCUGAUGGACAUACAUACAGUAUUUCUUACACCGCUGAUGAGAAUGGUUUCCGACCUGUAGGAGCGCAUAUCCCCACUCCUCCACCUAUUCCGGAAGCAAUUGCUAAAUCGCUGAUAGAAAAUGCCAGAAGUGGAAAUGACGCUGAUAAUGGUCAAUAUCGUCCUUCAGUUAUUCCUGCUUAUAGAUUUUAAUUUACUUAUUUACUUAUUUUUUCUGAGAAAACGGCAGUGAAUAUUUAGUCAUUUAUACUCUAUAUAUAUUGUUAUUUAUAAAUAAAUAAACCAAAUGCAAUU